AUGUCUUCUUAUCGCCUAGUGUUUGGAAAAGCAUGUCACUUGCCAGUAGAACUUGAACAUAGAGCUUAUUGGGCACUCCAACAACUCAAUCUAGACUUGCAACUUGCGGAGGAGAAAAGAAUGUUACAACUUGAUGAGUUGGAAGAAAUGCGGUUGUUUUCAUAUGAGAAUGCAAAACUUUAUCAGGAAAAGACCAAGAUGUGGUGGUCUGGGUCGUUCACUAUUACCAUGGUGUAUGCUCAUGGGGCUGUGGAAUUGAGAGGAAAUGAAGGAGGUGAAUUCAAAGUCAAUGGGCAGAGGUUGAACCACUAUUGGGGUGGUGAGGUUGAGCAUAGCAAGACCUCGCUCACCUUAGUUGAUCCUUGA